CACCAGCCCAUACAGGACUGCCCAUACGAGUCACAGACUAUCCCAGCUGCUUCCUUCUCAAACAAAGCUAGCUGACCUUCAGUUUCAGCACCAUGGCGCUGGCGAACCUCGCUGCCGUGCUCGUCCUCGCCGUCGUGGUCUGCGCCUUCGCCGCCGCGCCAACUGCCGCGAAUUACUCAGGCGGCGCGCCCGCACAGGAGAGCUGCCCGACGCAAAUCCAGUACUUCACCAACUGCCUGGCCCAUGACGAGAUCCGCGAGCAGUGCUGUACCGUGGUCGACGACCACAAGUGCCUCUGCCUGCUUAAGCGGGAGGUGGAGGUGCCCUGCAGCCUGCACCGCCACCACCAACGCAAAUGCGGCCCGAUCGCAGGGCCUGCCCCUGCCAAGGUGAAGCUGGCCGAGCUGCAGCACCUCCCGUGCUUCAAGGACCUCAAGUGCUAAAGAAGUAAAGAGCCUAGCCAGCCGGUUCAUUUUGCGUUUCGCGCACGUAUGCUCGGUGUCUCGUUGUUCGCUUGUUGCUUCUGUUUUUUUCCAUUCCUUUUGAUUGAUGCACUAGUGUACCGACUGGGCUUUGUUGUGUCCAUGAGCUUUCUUUUUCGUUUGUCACCCUCCACUCUUAUAUAUAUGAACGUAAUGUGGUUCUGGAAAAACAGUAGUAGUGACUUACCUAUCUAUGCUUUUCGGCCUAUACUUUUUAGGUAUGGAGUGCAUAGUUGUCAAAAGAUCUACUCUAUCGGGCGAUUU